CAUUUCUAUUGAGCGCAGUUGAAAGUGCGUUGUAGGUCACUUGAUUCCCAAGGCGCCUAGGACAAUUGGCUGACUUCUGACUGCGUUAUGCAGAAUGCAUACCUUAAGUUCGGUCAUUUCAUAAUAAAAUCGGCUGUGAAUCAUAUUGGCUACCCUUUAUUUUCCGCUAAUAGGCGGUAUAUUCUUUCCCUUGCCCUACCUCUUAAAUCAUGUAAUACAUGCAUUUCGAUAACAAAAUGCUACGUAAAUUCCGCCUCCAAGAGCACCGUCGAUUCUCCCAUUGAUAAAGUGAACACUAAGGUGGUUCCGAAAAUAAAAACAAAUUUAUUCUACGAUGAUUCUGUGAAGUCUGUAAAAUAUAUAACUCCAUUAAGAGCAUUGAGGGAAUAUAUGCUGACAAAACAAGAUUUAGACCAAUUACCGCGGUAUUAUAGCCGAAGCCCUUAUGGAAACGAAACCAAAACGCUCGUUUUCUUACGUUCGGAUGUGGAACAGAUGGCGUAUUCAAAGCAUGGUGGUCAUGAUGUCUUUGAGCUUCGACGGAAAUUGAUGAAAGAUAUGGAAAGAAGGACGAAGUCAGAUAUCUUUAAUAUGAAGAAGGCUUUAAAGUACUUACGAAGCGCAGUUGAAGCCAAAGCAACUGGAACGCAUCAGGUCUUCGUGGAUAAACGACAGAGGAUGUUUAGAUCAGGUCCUGGUCGUGUCGUUCUGUUUGCCAUAGCCGUAAACAGCCUGAAUGUUGCAGCCAAAGGUUUCGGUUGGUGGUGUACUGGUUCGAAGAGCAUGUUUUCCGAGAUGAUGCAUUCACUUGCAGAUACACUAAAUCAGGUUCUGGUCGCUUACGGUCUAUACUCAUCGUUACAAAAGCCAGAUGAAACUCAUCCAUAUGGUUAUAUCCCUAUGCGUAAUGUGUCAUCCCUGAUUAGCGGUGUAGCUAUUUUUUUCCUUGGUGCCGGUCUUACUUUUUAUCAUAGCGUACAAGGUAUUCUACAACCACAUGAGUUUGAAUCUGUCAAUUUGGGCCUAAUGGUUAUGCUCGGGUCGCUUCUAUCUGAAGGAAGUACAUUGGCAUUUGCGUAUCGUGAGGCUGCAAAAAGUGCAAAACGUCUGAACUUUGAUUCUGUUAGACAUUGGCUGUUUUCAGGAGUUGAUCCAAGCACCAGUAUGGUUUUGCUAGAAGAUUUGGCCGCAGUUAUUGGUGUCCUGGUGGCAGGUUCUGCUAUGGCUGCAACUGCUUAUACUGGGCACGUGUUGCCCGAUGCAAUUGGAGGGAUAUGUGUUAGUGGGAUUCUUGCUGCAGUUGCUGGUCUAAUUAUACAUACGAAUACCGAAAUGUUAAUUGGAAGAGCUAUUCCUGUUGAAAAUCAAGAAGCUAUUAUGCGUGUAAUCGAUAACGUGAAAAUUAUCCGUGGGACGUAUGACAUUAAAGCUACAAUGAUUGGCGGUGAAGAAAUACGAUUCAAAGCGGAAGUAGAUAUUGAUGGUCGUGAACUAACUAAACGUUAUCUAGAGACUUUAUCAUUGGAUGAUCUGCUUCAUGAGGUGCAAAAUGUGAAAACUGAGCAACAAUUGGCUCAUUUCAUGCUGAAGCACGGUGAUAAUUUGGUGAAUACACUUGGAGCAGAAAUUAAUCAAAUUGAAGAAAAAAUUAAGCCGUCGUUGCCAACUGCAUGGCAUUGCAAGUGGCUUCCUUUUUUAUCGUAUAAAGCAACUUUCCGCUUGAAGAUUUGUAUAGAUUGCAAGCAUUUCCAUGUACAUUCUCCUAUCUCUGGCAGUCACGUAAUUUAUUUUUGGCUACUCCGGUAGUCUACACUUAUAUAGCAUGAAUGUCUGUAGCAUAAAAUGAACAGUGUAACAUUUGCUUGUGUAGUCACAGUUAUUCUCUUUAUUCAUUUAUUUGUUUGUUUCUUCUUUGCAGAAAGAGUUUCCAAACGUCACUCAUAUCGAUAUUGAGAUUAACUGAAAGCGACUUCUUUUGAGAUUUCAUCCCGCUUUUGUCAUUAUAUAUUCUCCCAUUCUGUAUAUUUUGUAGCUUUUCUGUGAUUUUCAGUGAAUCUUGUACUUUGUUGAUGUGCAAAUGACAAUGUAAAUAUACAUAAACAUGAACUGUUCACUAUAAAUCUACAGAACUUCAUAUAUUACCAUGCUAAAUAAAUUAUUUUAAAAUCAAGAAAUUUUUGUGUAUUUGAGCAGUACAAUCAGUUACAAUACAAAUAAAUCAUGCUUGGAGGUGUGGAAAAAAUGGACUGAACUGUGACAUAUUAUGUGAGGACUGAAGUAUAUUAAAACAUUCCAACCAAAAUUUCAUGAUAAUCACACGGACUACUUGUGAAUUUAAUCUGAAAUAUACCCCUGCUUUCUGAAAGUUUGCAUGUUCUUGGCCCAUUCGUAAUGUAUUCAAAGGGAUUUGAAGAAGAGCUUUUACACAUUUCUGUCAGU